AUGCCAGACGCGUCCCACGCUUCCAAUUCGUGCUGGACCUGCCGGCAGAAGCGGGCCAAGUGUGACAGACUCCUCCCAACAUGUCUCCGCUGCACCUCCUUGAAGCUUCGGUGCCAAGGAUACGACCGACCGAAGAAGUUGGUAUGGACCAAUAGUGUGGCCAGCAGAGGCAAGAUGAUGGGAAAAGUCACAUUCGGUGCAGAUCAAGAACCAAACGGCGAUCCACUAGGCAAAAGACCCCAUCAGCCGGACUCCCUCGCAGUGAGAUACUCCUGGGAGACGUUGCCUGAAGCACAGCCGUUUUCACUUGACGUGUCAUGGUCUCUCAUUGACCCUGACCUGCAAGACUUAUCUCUUGAUUGCCGGAAGUACAUACGCUACUGUAAGCCGUAA